AUGAAGAACGAUCUGCCUCCAAUCAUGCGCCUACCGCCCGAGAUUCUUGGUCUGAUUUUCCUCCAAUAUCGCCUUGCGGUGAAGUACGAUUCUCUCAACCUACAUACAACAUGGUUCUACAUACUCCACGUAUGCCGUUUAUGGCGAAACGUGGCGUUGUCUUUCGCGAACCUCUGGAGUAUGAUUACCACGCGCAACCCCUCAGCGCGAGAGUUUAUGCUUCGCCACGCUGUCGACACCUCUGUGGUCUUAAAAUGUAUCGAUGUCUCUAGCACCCCCCUUGCAUGGCACGAAGGAAGGCUUAUUCGCGAACAUUUCCAUCACAUCUCCGAGAUCGAAUUCGAAUUCGACGAACGCGAUGCGCGAGAGUUGCGCGAAUGGCUGAAAGUCAUCGCCUCGUCUGAGACGGCCGCUUGUUUGCGAUCUCUAAGUCUUGUUCACGUCACGAAAAAAGCUGGGGCCGAACCACUCCGAAGGGUUAGGGCACCCAAUGUAUUGUUUACGUUCACCACCCUAUCCCUAGCAGGUUUUCGACUGCAUCUUCCUGCAAGCCGUAUCCAGACAAACAUCACAUCCUUACAGCUUAAUGCCGAGCACAUGUGCCUUUCAUCGCAAUCAGGUCUUUCGUGGCUCCUCGCCACUCUGAGUCUCAUGCCAAAUCUCAUCCAUCUAAACCUCGAUGACUGGGAAGGGCCAUACCCUCAGGACACUCUUGUUAUGUCUAUCCAUCGCCCUGUUUCCCUCCCUCAAUUACAGACAUUCCGAUACUCUGGAGAGACGCAACGCUACCUUACCUGGGUGGCUCAUUGGUUGCUUUUGCCAAAAGAAGCGCGCCGUUACAUCACCCUAUACGACACGAAUGCCCUUCGGGCACCACCAGAUACGCUGUACUCGAGCCUCUCUAACUCAUUAUCUCAUCUGCGCGGCCAAGUGAAUGGUAGGAGUACCGAGCGAUACGAAGUUCAAUCCUCUUCAAAUGUUUACGUCAAUGAGGUUACAUUGUCCUUAGAGUUUGUACAACGCAUCGCGAUCUUCUCCCAGAACCACGAUGUUCACCCCGGGACCAUACCAUUCUAUCUCGAUCACGACAACUAUCAACCAGUGGACCAUCCGAUGCUCAUACUUUAUCUCGAUGUGACCUAUCACUUGCUCCGUGCUAGCGUGUCAUCGGGUUCCUUUGACGGUGCCUUGUCCGCACACCUCUCACCCAUCUUGAAGAUUUUGCCUUCCGGUUCAGUGAAGGCUCUUCGGUUGUCCUUUUCUCCACAAUCAGACGACUACGACAGAAUUUGUGACCCCACAUCAUCCGAGAUUUUCCCACUCCCAGGUGUGGAGGUGUUGCAUCUAGAGAGCAGUUGUGCCGCUGAAUGCACAUUACGACACCUCGCUGAACUUUCGGAAAUGGACGAUACCUCGCCUUUGACUACCCCUGACUUCCUCUCUUACUUCCAUCUCAAUUGCGCUAUCACCGAUGUAGGAUCUCCUCCAGAAUCGAUGUUUGAGCUCCUUCCUGACCUCAAGCAUCUGUCGCUACAUGAUAUCCGGCCACACUCAUCUCGCUUACUGAAGAACCUCGAACGGUUCAUGCGAGUGAGGGCAAGUGACGAACGAUACCGGCUGGAGACGCUAGAGGUCACAGACUCUACCAUUUUGAAGAGCUGGAUCGACAAGGUGAAGUUCUCCGGAUGGCUUCGACGAGGGAUAAUUUGGGACAAGAAGGAUCGGUCAGUGGAUUGGGAGCGCUUCAUCAGGUUGGAAGAGGCGCAGGAAGAGUGCACAGCGUUACAGACUGACGAAGCGUGGACAAUUGAAACCCGUGUCGAAUUGAACGAAAGGGAUGCAUGGAUCGCAUUCAGCUUUUGA